UCCUCAGUCAUGAGCUACCACCUAUCCACAGAUAAAGAAGGAAGCGGCUAGGAGCAGGUAACAUAUUGAAAGUGGCUUCAGUAUAUUUAAGAAGUGAAACGGGAAAGCCCUUUCCACUAAAUGCAGCAUGGCAUCUGAUGAGUUGUACAAUUUUGUCUUUAAAGUGGUUUUGAUAGGGGAGUCUGGCGUUGGAAAGAGCAACAUUCUGUCUCGGUUCACUAAGAAUGAGUUCAAUCACGACAGUCGUACGACCAUCGGAGUCGAGUUCAGCACGCGGACGGUUCACCUGGACAACUACACCAUCAAAGCCCAAAUCUGGGACACAGCUGGGCUGGAGCGCUACAGAGCUAUCACCUCAGCAUAUUACAGGGGAGCAGUCGGAGCCCUCUUGGUUUAUGAUAUUAGCAAGCACCUGACCUAUGAGAGCGCAGAUCGAUGGUUGAAAGAGCUGUUCGACCAUGCAGACCCUCACAUCGUGGUCAUGCUGGUGGGAAACAAGAGAGACCUGGAGAGCCUCAGGACCGUGCCAACAGAGGAGGGCAAGGACUUUGCAGAGAAGAGAGGUCUCAUGUUCAUGGAGACAUCAGCGUUGGACUCCACCAAUGUCGAAGAUGCUUUCAAUGAAGUCCUCAUCGCGAUUCAUAAGAAGGUGGCCAGCAGGGAGGUGACCCGAGGCUCCAUUUGCGCUGUAACCCUCUCCAACCCCAUCAGACCCAACAGCGAGGCACAGGAGGAGCGGAGGAACUGCUGCAAGAGCUCCUAACUGACUGCUGCCCUGUGAAACCUGCUCUGCCCCAGUGAAACCAACGUCACGCGUGACUGUCGCUGAAGCUUAAGCUUUAGCGUCCUCAUUCACACUCAAUUUGAAGAGCGAGGUAUACCUGCUCGACACUUGAGCAGCCAAUAUACAAACCUCUUUAAAUAUAAAAGCUCAAAAACGAAAGCUUAUUAAGAUAUAGUUAUUGAGAAAUGCUAUAUUUUGAAUGCUAUAUUUCUUGUGGUGGAUAAAUGGGCGUGUUUUAGAGAUAGAUGUAAAUCUUUUCUUAUCCUCAUGUUUUAAAACAACGUUAUAAAAGUUGUAUUGCUUUUAUGAAGCAAUACAUUGGGAUUCACUUGGAUUACAUUAUUUAUGAUAUUCUAUCUAUAUGUAAUUACCACACAAAGCCAUCACUUCAUUAUCUGCACCGGACACGUUAUCUAAACUGGACGAGGGAAUAGAAGAGGCAGCUGAUCUGAGUAGAGAGUAUUGGAAGAAAAACUCAAAACCUUUAAACAAAACUAGUGAUAUCCCCAAUGCAACACUGAUAUCAGUAAAAAAUGAAAUAUACUGGUAGUCUAAUAAAACUAUUGUAUAUAAUACAGUAUUAAAGGGUUGUUAUUAUUGAUCCAUUAACAUGUAAGCAGUGUUUAAUGUUGGGGCUGAUUGAGAUGAUGCAUACUUUAACUCUUUUACAUGAUGUUGGGUGGUUCAAUCUAAAAUCUGAAGCAAUGACUAGAGAUGUCAAAUACAUGUUGAGUAGAAAUAUAACGUAGUGUACUAGUACCUCAAAGUUGUACUUAGCUACACUACUUGAUUACAUUGUCAUAGUUGCUUUCCACCACUGAAUAACAUAUCUGUCAGUUGUAGUUGGAGACAUGGACCUGUUGGGGGUUGCUGAGAGACGUUGCUUCAUAUUAAAGGGUCACAUUGAAAAACAACUGGGAACACUGGUAAUCUAGUGAGUGGAAGGUGCGUGUCUCUCCUCAGCCUGUAGGUGGCAGUGCUGCCGCUGCAUGUUGACUUUAAAGCAUCAGUACUGUUUUGUGCAGUGCAUUUGUUCACUCGCUCAUUUCUUUAUUAACUCGAGUACGACUCAUACUGCCAUCUAAUCCCACAAUUCAUUCCAUUAAUGAUCAUAAUAUUAGGCUCAUGUGGUGCUGCAGUGUUGUCGCCAUGGCAGCAACCUCUGAUGUCCUCUUGACGAGCUAAUCAGCGUGCCCAUGAAGGGGGGAUUUAAUUUACACUUUUACCACAAAUAAUAAAUGUAUUCACAGAUCAUAUGGUUUUAUGUCGUACAUACUAUGGAUGUAAUUGGACAGGCCCAUAUGGCACGACUGAGAGCAUAUACAUCUACAGCAGUGGUAGUUAAUGACAUGUUGGACAGAUAGGGUUCUAUCUCUGGCUCACAGAUGUGCAUAAGGAGCUUUCAUUGUGUGUGAGCGUGUUUGUGUGUCCGUCUCCAUGCAAGGUUAUUCUGCUUGAGGAUCAUUCUGUGAAAAUGAAAUGACCACAAAU